AUGUUAGAAGUUAAAAUGAAUGUAAAAGCUCUGGUUUUUGUAUUUGGAAUAAUGAUUUGUGUAUUUUAAAUUCCAGUUAAUCAUACAAUAAAGAGAUAAAUAAUUAGAAUCCAUGCAAGAAUUACUCAUAAGAGGAUUGUCGAGAAUAAGAGUAGUGUGGCUUUUAUUUUGGUCAAUGUAUUGACUUCAUAGAUUGCAACAUAUUUGAUAAAGAUAAUUGUUAAGAAUCGUCAUAUAAAUGUGUAUCUGAUGGUUCAAAGUGUGUUUAGAUGUUAGAAUGUAGUGAUUAUAAAACAGAGAAUGGAUGUGCGAAUAAAAAUUAGAAUGGUAAUUAUUGCUUUUGGCUUGUGGGUACAGAGAAAAAAUGUACAAAUGUAAAUUUAUGUGAGUAGUUACCAAUAUAUUUAAAAAGUCAUAGCAUGUGCAACGAGGGUCUUAAUGGGUGUACAAUAAGCGAAUAAGGUUACGGAUGUAUCGAAUAAAUGGAGUCAUGUUCAUAAUAUGUUAAUUAUUUUUAAUGUUUUGAAAGUAAAUAAAGAAAAGAUAAUUGUUUUUGGGAUACAAAAAAUGCAAAAUGUGUUGAAAAGGUGUGCGAAAAUCUACCAUUUACUUAGGAUUAUGAAUGUAAGUCAUAUUUAAGUGAUUGUACAACUAAUGGAAUUCAUUGUGUAAGAAGGAAAUAAUGUAGUGAUGCUUAGAAUAAAUUAGGUUGUAUAUCAGAUGCAUAGGGUAAUAAAUGUGAAUAUCAUGAAAAUUAAUGUAAAAACAAGAGUUGCGAUACUGCUCCAAAUUCACUAUCGAAUUAUCAAUAAUGCUAGGAUUAUGAUAAUCUUUUAGAUUGUGUUACUUCAGAAAUAAAGGGAUGUAAAAAUAGGCCUGUAACAUGUAAUGGUUAUGCUUUUGAAAUUGAUUGUUAUUCAAUAUAAAAAUAAGAUUGUGUUUGGUAUGAAAAUAAGUGUGAAUAAAGAUAAUGUUAUCAUGCUCCAAUUUAUUAUAGUCAUAUAGACUGUCAUCAAUAUGGAAAUUGUAUAGGAAAAUUAAAUGGAGGAUGUUAAAUUACACCUUAAUCAUGCGAAGAUAUAUUGUAAGAAUAGUUUUGUGAAUUAAAUUAUAAUAAAGAAAAGUGUAUUUGGCUUGGAGGUAAGUGCGUCUUGUUAGAAUGUAAUAAGUUAAAAUUACCAUAUUAUAAAAAUCAUAAAAUAUGCUAAUAGGCAAGUUAAUUUUGCACCUUUAAUUUAGAUUCUAUUGGUUGUACAGAUUAUUUAUGUGAAAAUGUCUCAGAAAUAGAAUAUUGUAAAAUUGAUUCAAGUGGUACUGUUUGCACAUUGAAUUAAGGAUGUAUAUAGAAAUAAUGUAAAACUGCUCCUCCAUCUUAUGAUACCAAUUAGAAAUGUGAAGGUUGGAUGCCAAAAUGCACAGUUAAUGUAUAAUUUGUAUAGAAUUAAAAAAUCUUAAUUGGGUGUGUAGAUAAAAAGAUUAGUUGUCAAUUAGCUAUUCAAGAUCAAUGUUAUACAACGAUUUCAGGAUUUAAAUGUAAAUGGGAUGGAAGUAGUUAAAGCUGUAUUGAUCAAGAAUGCACAGAUGCUGAUCCUAAAGUUUAUUUAACAAAUGAUGAUUGUCAAUAAUUUUAAGUGUUUAUCGGUCCUUGCAUUAUAGGAUCAUCUGGAAUUGGAUGUACAAAAUGGCCAACUAAUUGUAAUCAAAUGAUAAAUCAAUAACAAUGUAAAUUGAAUCUUAAAGAUGGAACAAAGUGUUUUUGGACUGGUACUUAUUGUAAAAAAUAAUAAUGUUCUGAUGCUCCUCCAAUUAAUUACACUAAUAAUAUUGAAUGCAACACAUGGUUUAAUAAUUGUAUUUUUAAUCAUUCUCAAGGUGGAUGCAAAGAUAGACCAAUUUCAUUGGCUUGUACGUCUUCUCCAAAUAAUAAUAUGUAUGAUACUCAUUAGGAAUGUUUUGCAUGGAAUCCUAAAUGCACAGUUACUUCCUCAUAUAGUGUUGAAGGAUGUGAACAAAAAAAAGAUAGUUGUUAUGAAUUUAUUAGGCAAAGGAAUUGUAAAACAACUCUAAAUGGUUAAAUUUGUUAUUGGGAUGAUAAAUUAUAAAUGUGUAUGAAUGAAGAUGAAAAUAACAAUGGAGUUGCUGAUUGUGAUAAGAGACUUUAUGGAGAUCUAACUCACCAAGAUUGUGAAGAAUUCAUGCCUAAAUGCACAUUAAAUAAUAUUGUUAGAUCCUGUUAAUAUCUUUCAUACUAUUGCGAUUAUCAAUAUAAAUAAUAAUGCUAAAUUACUAGAUAUUAGUAACCCUGUAAAUGGGAUGAUCUUAAUUAAAGAUGUAAAAAUGUAGUUUGUACUGACAAUACUACUGCUUAAACUGAGGUUGAAUGUUUAAAGUUCAAAUAAUAAAACGAAUGUCAAUUGAAAAUUAAGUCUAAUGGGACUUAUGGAAUUGGUUGUGAGAAUAGACCUACUACUUGUAACUCGAUUACAGACCCUGUUAUAUGUAAAUUAACUCUAACUACUAAUUAGCAUAGAUGCUAUUAUUUUAAUUCUAUUUGUUAGGUUGUACAAUCAAAUUAAUGUGAGGUAAUUACUGAAAGUAAAAGUGAUGAGUUCUGUCAAUUAUAUAAUACUUAAUGUGUUCUAUAAUCAAGUGGGUAAGGAUGUUAUUCAAUGGUUAAUUGUUCAGAUUUGUCCAAUAAGAUUUGCAAUAGCGCUAUAAUGAGAUAUAAUUAAAAAUGUAGUUUUUAAGACAUCUGUCGUUGGGAUUAUGAUUGUUCCCAAAAAUAUCUUUCCUCUAGUCAUUGUAAUGAUUAAAAAACAUAGUUUGGAUAAUUAUGUUAAUAUAUAUAUUAAUGUCCGUAUUAUUGUAACUACUAUUGCCGUUUAUAAACAACAUAAAAGAAUUUAACCUUUUCAUCCUCAGCCACCCUUUUAGACAAAUAUAAAUAAUGUCAAGUCUAUUCAUCUUCAUAUAGGUAUGAUACAAAUUGUAAUUGUUGUGUAAUAUUGACUUCAUGUAAUUCGUAGAUCGGUUCAGAACCUCUUUGUAAUUUAUCAAUUGAUCAAUCUAGAAGAUAAUGUGGAUAUAAUUAAUAAACAUAGACUUGUGAAGAUAGAAAAUGCGAACAUUUGACCUCCAGUCAACCAAUUUCAAGAUAACUUUGCUUUGAAUGGAAAUAUAAUUGUGUUUAUGAUGCUACUGGCUGUAAGACCUUCUCAGGUGAUUGUACAACUAUUGGCUUUAUUUAAUAAUGUUAUUCCUUUUCAUGUUAAUGGUAAGAUGGUAAGUGCGUAAACUAUGUUAAUUGUGAACUUAACACAACUGCAGUAACGAAUCGAGAAUGUUUAUUAAUAAAUAGCAGUUGUUGCAGAUUAAAUUACAACAAAGGCUAAGGAUGUGCUUUUACAAAUUGUAUUCAAAUCACAAGCUCUACAAUAUGUAAUUCAGCAUAACUUGCUAAUGGAGAAAGAUGUAGAUGGGAUAAUUAUUAUAGCAAGUGCUACAACAAAUAUUGUUAAGAGUAUGCAAUAUAAUCUGAUUGCGAAAGCAGUUAUGGUUAUAUUUCACCAAUAGCCACAAAAUGUUAUUGGUGUUCUAAUUACUCUACCAAAUGUACUAAUAAUAGUUACUGUAAUUCAAGUAGCAUGACUUCAUAUAAAUCACAUUAAGAUUGCAACAGUGUAAAUGUCUUAACAACAAUCUAAUUUAUAAUAAGUGCAAAGUGCACAGUCAAAUUAUAAAGAUGUUCAGAUUACAAAUAUCAAGAGGCAUGUAAAAAAACAAUAGAUGGUCUAGAAUGUUAUUGGUAUUCUAAUACUUGUUUAAAUAUUUGUGAAGCUGCAUUUUAUUUAAUAUCUUCCCAUACAAACUCAUCUUGUCAUAGUUGGCAUGCUUCUUGUAUGUAACUGAAUAGUUCAGAAUGCCAAACUCUAGAUUGCAAUUUGUUAACAACGAGUGCUAACUGUGCUAUUUUUACUGAAAAAUGCUUUUGGGAUGGUUCAAACUGUUAAAGCAUUGGUGAUUGUAGCAAAUAUUCUACAAAUACCUUGUGCUUAAAUACAAGUAAUUCAUAAGAUAUCCCUUGUUUUUGGAAUGGUACUCUAUGUUUAGAAAAAACAUGUUCAAAUAAGCCAACUCUUUCUUUAAAUCAAAGUGAAUGUGAUAGUUGGUUGCUUAAUUGUUAAUGGAAUGUCAAUAAUAAUUAAUGCGUUUAAGAUUGUACCUAAGCAAAUAUUUCAAAUAACACUCAUUAACUAUGCGAAGCCUAUUAUUUAAAUAAAAGUUGCACCGUCAAACUAGAUUUAAUUCAAUGCGUAGAUCUUCCAUUUUCUUGUCCUUUAGCAAAGAAAACCUAAUGUUAUAUAGAUCAAUCUGGAAAUGAAUGCUACUUUUAGGUAUCAUCAGGUCAGUGUGUUAAUUUAUUAUGUUCAAACUUGCCAUCAUCAUAUAAAAAACAUGAAACAUGUAAUUAAAGAUUAAAAUCUUGCACAGUUAAUACAACUUUGAAUGGAUGUUAAUAAUUAACUGAUUGUAGUAAUUAUUCAAUCCAAGAUCAAUGCUAAAUUGAUUCAAAUAAAAUAGAAUGUGAGUGGAUAAUAAGUGAAAAUAAAUGUACAAUUAAGGAAUGUUCAACUGCACAAUUACCUAUUUAUUCAGCACAUAGUUGUCAAUAAUAUUUUGGCGAUUUGUGUACAGUAAAUGCAAAUUAGGAUGGAUGUGAGAUAGGUUAAGCUUUGUGCAUGAAAUAUACUUAUAAUUAAUGCAAAAGUGAUGGGUAAAUGAAUUUAAGUGGAGUAGAUUGUUUCUGGAAUGAAGAGAAAAGCAUUUGUUUAGAAAGGAUAUGUGAAAAUGGACCUCCACUUGCCUAAUCUCAUUCAGAUUGUGUAGGAUUUCUUUCUACAUGUUAAAAGGGUGGUUGCCGUAUAAAGGGAUGUUUUGAUUACAAUUAUGCUAUAGACACAGCUUGUGCUUCAAUAUUUGAAGACAAGAGAUGUGUAACCAAUGGAUAUCAAUGUGUUCUACGAAAUAAUUGUGAAGAUGUUAAAAUCAUUGAUGGUUGCACAUUUGAUAUCAAUUUAAAUCCUUGUGUUUGGAUUAAUGAAAAAUGUUAAAUUAAAACUUGUGGAACUGCAUCAGUAUCUCUUAAUAAAUAUUUGGAAUGUAAUGAAUAUUUUCCAAAUUGCACAGUUAAAUAAGGAGGUGGAUGCACUAAGAAACAAACUUGUGAAAAUUACUAAAUAAAAGAAGCUUGCUUUACUGAUAGUGAAAAUGUAGAAUGUAUUUGGGAUGAUUAUUUAAAUUAAUGCUUUUCUAAUUAAUGCAUGGAUUUUUGUGGGGAUGGUGUUGUUUCCAGUAAAGAGGAAGAGUGUGAUGAUGGCAAUUAUUUACCCUACGAUGGUUGUUAUAAAUGUCAAGUUUAAUGUCCAUAAGGAUGCAAUGUUUGUAAUGGUAGAAUAUGUGAAGAUUGUUAAAAGAAUGGGUGGCUAUUGAUUAAUGGUGUUUGUACUUCAAAAUGUGGAGAUGGUUAUACAGUUGGGAGCGAAUAAUGUGAUGAUGGAAACUAUAUUGAAUUUGAUGGUUGUUAUUAGUGUUCCUUUUCUUGUCACCAGAAGUGCCUUAAUUGUUUUUAAGGAUUAUGUUUAUAAUGUGAGUUUGGAUACUUAGAAGAUGGAUCAUAAUGUCAUAAUAUUUGUGGGGAUGGAAAUCUUAUUUAACAAAUAGAAUAAUGUGACGAUGGGAAUUAGUAGAAUAAUGAUGGAUGCAGCAAUACCUGUGAAGUGGAAAAAAAUUGGAAAUGUCAUUAAGAAAAUAAUAUUAGUUAAUGUAAAUAUCUUAUUCUUCCUAUGAUUACACUUACAAAACUCACAAAAACAAAUUCAGAUAAUCAAGAAUUCCAAUUAUCAUUUUCAGAAAAAGUACGUUUGAAUGUUAAUGGCAUUAGUGAAGAACAAUUUCUUCAGAUGAUUGUUGUUGUAUUGGAAAAUGCAAAUCAUAAUGAAUACGAUGUUGAAAUCAAACCCAUAAUCUCUAUCACUACUUAAUUAACUGAUGUAGCUUAUAAGAUAUUAGUCUAUUUCAAAAGUAAAAUUUAAAAUCCUUUACUAAAAGUAACAAUCUUAUGUGAAAAUAUUGUUAAUAUAUAAGACAAUUCUUUAUAUUCAAAUGAAGUAAAGUUAGUAUUAAAAUCUCCUAACAAAAUGUCAAAUGAUCAAAAAUCCCUAAUUCAGAAAACUGCCUUUCUAAGUAGAAUUGUUAUGUAUAUCAUCUUGAUUGUAAGUGGUAUAGCUUUUUUGUUUGGUAAUUUAGAAAUUUUAUGGAAUCUCCUUGAUAUGCUUUAAUAAUUAUCAUAUAUGAAAUUUCACAAUCUAUAAUUCCCAGAAAACUUAAAAAUCUAUUUUGAAAUUUUUAGUAUUGGUUCUUUUACUCCCAUAAUUAAUUUCUUUUAAACAGAUAUAUAUUUACAAAAUUUAUUUGAUUACUAAAUUCCAAUCAUACCAGCUAAAUGGAAAUUUGAAGAGUAUGAGAUUAAUUGUUACUUUUUGAAUAACUUUUAAACAUUAAUCAUUCUAAUUAUAAUUGGAUUUGCUUAUUUUUUAGUUUCAUUUUUCUUUUAUAAAUUCCUAAUUUUAAUUAAAUAUUAAAAUUGGCCGACUAUUUUUUACAAAAGUAAAUCAUAAAGUCUAUUUAAAUUUGUCAGAUUGAUUUUCUCCUUUUAGAAGUUGGCAAGAAAAUAAUGUUCGUAUUUUGUUUAUUCUGGAUUAAUCAGAAUUCUUACAUCAAAUUAUUACGAAUUAACAUUUGCAUCAAUUUUAUAAAUUGCCAAUUACAAUAUUGAUACUACUUUAAAUACAACUAUUUUAUUAAUUGCACUAAUUACAUUACAAUUCAAUCUAAUCCUCAUAGUGUUAUUUUUUUCUUAUUUAAGCAAAAAAGAUAAAGUAAGCAAGAAGCUAUCAGUCUUAGUAGAAGGAAUAAAUAAUCAUUUUUCAUAAGGAUCUAAACAAUAUGUUACUAUAUUGUUGAUAAAAAAAACUUUAUUCUUGUUUAAUUUAAUUGUAUUAUAAGAACUUUUGGGUGCUCAGAGUCUUAUUACAGCUUGUUUAUCAGGAGUAUUUUCUUGUUAUAUUUAUAUUUAUAAACCUUUUGAGAACAAUUAUGAAAAUUUGAAAAUCUUCAUCACCGAAAUUAUGAUUAUGCUUAAUGUUAUACUCUUUUCUGUUUAUGAUAUUAUCAAAUUCAAUUAAAAUAAAGACUCAGCUGAAGUUUUAGGUUGGAUUAAUGUAGGUGGUUUCACAUUGAUCCUUAUUUUCACCUUGUUAAUUGAUAUAUACUAAUAAUUAUUAAAAUAUAUAAGGUAGCUUAGAAAAAAUUUUAUCAAUUAGAAGAAAAAUAUGAAAUCAAAGAAUUUUAUAUUUUUUGCAAUUUGA